CAAAGCCAGUAUAACUUUCGCAUCCGGUUGCUUGCUUGUCGAAAUGGCGGACAACGACGCCACAGAUGCGAAGUCACGAGAAAGACGCAUACUAGAACUGAAAGUCUUGCAGCAUGAAAUUAACUGCCUCAAGAGGGAUGCUUGUGUCUACAAGCAGCAGCCAAACAGCAACAUCUUCUUCAAGUCCACUCUGGCGGAUGUUGAGCAAGAUACAAAGAGAAACUUGGAUCUAUUGCAAGCACGGCAGAAGACUGAACCAUCCAAGAAGACCGGCUCAGAUUGACACGGCUUUGUCUUUCAGAAUUGACAUACAGCGACAUAGGGUUCUGUGAAAUUUAACAAGAUGCAAAUAAUUUAAGAAGUGUUCAGACAUUAAAUUUUCAUCAGCAAUUUGUGCACUGAAGAUGCGUGACCAAGCAAAAGAAGAAAUACUACCCGUUUCUUGUGUUACCUCAUUAAUGACAAAUGCAAAUAAAGUGUAAAUGAAGUGGUAGUCUAA